AUGGGCAGGCUGCUAUAUGAUCUUGGGAGAGUUGACGAGAAGACGAAAAUCGCCAAUGAGAGAGGAAGCAGUAAAGCAGGUAAAAGUAGCUUUAGUUGGGCCUGGGGCUUGGAUGGUACCGUGGAGGAGCGGGAAAGAGGUAUCACCAUGGAUAUUGCGCUACAGUCUCUGGCUACGCCCAAUCGGCAGAUCACGGUGCUGGACGCCCCUGGACAUAAGGAUUUCAUCCCCAAUAUGAUAUCUGGAGCAUCUCAAGCAGAUUGUGCACUUUUGGUGGUCGAUGCAACCAUCGGCGAGUUUGAAGCAGGAUUUGAACGUGGAGGACAAACUCGGGAACACAUCUUGUUGGUUCGAAGCCUGGGAGUGUCGCAACUGAUCGUCGCAAUUAACAAACUUGAUCAGGUGGAAUGGGAUAAAUCUAGAUACGACGAAGUAUGCGAACAGCUCCGACCUUUCCUAGUUCAGUCUGGAUUCCAGCCUUCCAGGACAAAGUUUGCUCCAGUCGGAGCGAUGUUGGGAGUGAAUCUGGCAUCUCGGGAUGGAGAUGCAGGAGCAAAACUUAGAGACUGGUAUGACGGCCCCACAUCGACUAGAACCUCCAACACGAGAUAUUCAUAG